AUGGAUGAGAAUAUCAGGAGCACUCAAAAAAAAGUAUUAUCAAAAAAGACGUACAAAGAUAUUGUUAAAGCUUCAAGAAGUCAAGCAGAUCAAAAAGUUUUACGAACACUCAUUACAAACUUUCUUCCUGAUAUUGACCAAAUAUUUGAUCAACAUAACAUUGAGCUUAGCCAGAUAUCUCUCAAUUGGUUUUUGACAUUAUUUGCAUCUGGUAUUCAUAUGAAAAUUUUAAGGCUUUGGGAUCUACUUCUUUUUGAUGGAUCUAUUGUGCUAUUUCAAGUAACUUUAGGAAUAUUAAAGAUAAAAGAAACAAAGUUAAAGGCUUCGAAAAAUCAAGUACAAAUAUUAAAUGUUUUAUCAAAUAUUUCUAGGGACAUACUUGAUGUAGAUAAGUUCUUAGAAAUUCUUUAA